UAAGUAUGCAUUCACGCGAAAAUGUACUUCCAGAAAUACCAUCAACACAAGAUCCACACAAAAAUAUAGUACCGGGUAAAAUGAGCUUUUCUAGUGAAGAAAUUAGCAAUGACGGUACAGAAAGCUGCGAGUCUUCUGAACAAUUUCAGGACGCAAUGUCAUCUUUGCCGGCUGAACUGAGUGCGUCACCUGACCCGGAAGUUGUAAAGGUCAAAACGCCAAGUAGCCUAGUAGUAGUGAGCGAAACUCACCAAGAAUCGACUACGGUGAACAUUUGUUUUCAUUGUCGUAAAGUCUCGUCAACAAUCGUUCUCUGUCAAACGUGUUUUGCUUUCAAAUACUGCAGUGAAGCGUGUCGAGAGGCGGGGCUCAGCUCACACCUUCAGCAGUGUGAGAGGUUACAGAAAUUUAAUUACCUCAAGUCAGAAUGGGUUCCCCGACAAGCUGGCAUAUUUUCCAACAACUUGAAGUGUCUGUUUAGCAAAAUACCACACCAAAAUAAAUCCUCACGACAAAAGGCAGUAGACAUUUUGUCUGAAAUCUCAGAGAUGAAUUUCAACCCAAACUUUUUCAUUUUAAAACUAAAGGAUCUCAAAGGAGAGGAAGAAUCUUUCUACCUACCCAGAGGUCGUAUGAGAAACUAUAGAGUUAGUAGCAGGGGAGAUCCUAUGAACAUGAGCUUGUUAGUUCAGCCUGAAAACUUUGUGGUCAUCCCACGGCCAUCUUGGUUCGUGGCCGAAAAUGGUGACCGGUACAUUGUGACGUCAUUUACGGACAGUGUUGCGUUUGGAUUUGCAGAUGCUGUGGUGGAUACUUUCUUUGGAUAACGUGGGGAUGUGUAGUGACCACUGGCAUAAUGGGUUGAAACAUGAUGUGGUGGAUACUUUCUUUGGAUAACAGUGGUGAUGUGUAUAGUGACCACUGGCGUAAUUGGUUGAAAGAUGGUGUGGCAUUUAGUAGCUUUAUGAUUUUUUUAUGAGGUGUUGGGAAUUGAUAGAACGUCUUGUGAUUAAUUGGAAAUGGUUGUGAUUUGAGAGAACUAUUUGUGAUUUACUAGAAAUUGUGAUUUGCUAGAAAUUCUUGUGAUUUGAUAGAAUUAGGGAUUUUCUAGAUUUUUUUUUGUGAUUAGAUAGAACUAGU